AUGCCCAUAAAAUUUAACAAUUGUUUAGACGCCCGCUCUGCUGCUGCUGGCACGUGGCGUACGCGUGCAAAAGAUGAUGACGAUAAUACCUCUUUAGGUUCAUCGGUUUAUUCCCAACCUAGUGUUCUUGGUGACGAAUAUCCUCCUUCACCUCACGCAGGUUCUGUUACAACUCGUGGUAGUACUACCGCCUUAACCUCAGGGAACACCCAACCCUUAUAUGACCAACACGAAAAAAAUUAUAACAAUCAACAAUAUUACCGUGAUUUUAACCAAGGACCACCAGAACAAUUUGAUGUUUACAAUGAUUUCAAUAAUAACCUUCGUUCAUAUAAUCACAAUGAAGAAAUUUCAUCUAAUCCAUCCAGUGGUGCGUUGGCAGGUUCCAAUGCUUAUUCUAAAAAUAAUCUUAGUGGGAAGGAUUACGAUCUCCCCGGUGAAGAAAAAGGAGAUAAAACUUUUCCAUCACCCGAUAAAACACCAACUUUUAGCAUGGAUCCGUCACCAAUUGUCAAUAUGGAUUUCACAGUGACUGCAAUGGUUGAUAAUCGAGGCAAUUGGUUACCAUUCUAUUUUAAGAGUAUUAACGUUCAA